ACUAUAGGAUGGUUAGUCACAGGCGAAAUGAGCAACACCUGUUUGUUGAGUAUCGGUGAAACAAUGGAAGAAGAUUGGAAGACGAGUCUCAGCAACGAUGAUACCACGUACGGCAAGUCAUCCAAGGCAAACGUAAGUUUCGCGGAAAAGAGCACUUAA